CACCUGGUGUUACAUCGAAAACUGCCCGGCCCCGCAUUUCCGCCCGGUUGCAUGCGCGCUGUAGUUCCUAGCUGUCACCAGCCACCUAAUCUCAUUGUACCGGAGUCCAUAUGAAGGUGAGGGAGGUGUCGCGCAGUUCUCCGUUUACCUGAGGCACCUGUGCCCCCUGUGUCGUUAGCACACACACACACACCCCCACCCCCCCUCCGCCCUCCGGCAGAGAGAGGACGAAAACCCGACUGCUACAAGAAUGAAGAGGCUCCCGGUGCUGUGGCUGCUCCUCUGGGUGUGCGCGUUGUACUUUGUGGGCAUCUACCUGUUCGUCGGCGGCUUCCUGCUGGUGAGGCUGGAGGUGAACAGGACCAGCACCUGCGGGGACGUGCUCCAGCCCGGCGAGGAGCCGGCGGACUUCUGCCGCGUCCGGCCUCGUUUCCGUCGGGCCGUCCUCCUCAUCGUCGACGCCCUCAAGAUCGACUUUGCGUGGUUCGACCCCGACAACGCCUCGCCCCGACCCUACGAGAACAAGCUGCCCGUGCUGGAGGAGACGGUGUCGGCCAGGCCGGCCCACAGCCGCCUGUACCCGUUUCGCGCGGACCCGCCCACGACCACCAUGCAGAGGAUCAAGGGCUUCACCACCGGCUCCCUGCCGACCUUUGUGGACGUGGGGAACAACUUCGCGUCCAGUGCCAUCUUGGAGGACAACCUCAUCCACCAGUUUGGGCAAGUGGGCAAACGCGUGGUGUUCAUGGGCGACGACACUUGGGAGAACCUUUUCCCUAAGAAGUUCCACCGCUCCCUGCCCUUCCCUUCUUUCAACGUCAAGGACCUGCACACGGUGGACAACGGGAUCCUCCAGCACCUCUACACCACCAUGGUAGGGGACGAUUGGGACGUCCUGGUUGCCCAUUUCCUCGGAGUGGACCACUGCGGUCACAGGUUCGGACCCGACCACCCGGCCAUGGCCGACAAGCUCACCCAGAUGGACGGAGUCAUCAGGUCUGUGAUGGACCGUCUCCAGAAUGACACCCUGCUGGUAGUGAUGGGAGAUCACGGAAUGACGGACACCGGAGAUCACGGCGGAGAAAGUCAGAAGGAGACGGACGCCGCCAUCUUCCUCUACAGUCCUUCCCCUCUGUUUUCUGCACCGCCAUCCCCGAGCGAACCGGACGUGGUGCCCCAGACAGACCUGGUCCCCACCCUGGCUCUGCUGCUGGGGGUUCCCAUCCCGUACAGCAGUGUGGGGCAGGUUCUCCUGCCUGUGUUUCCUCCUCACGGGCAGACGGAGGACGCAGUUGGAGGUCUCAGCCAGCUGGAGGCGCUGUGGAUCAAUGCAAAACAGGUCAACCGUUUCCUGGAGACGUACUCCGGCAUGGCCAAAGACAUCCCACCAGAGAGCCUCUCUCAGCUGAAGGCCGAGUUCUCCCGCCUCUCCUCGGAGUACCUCGACACGGUUCGACAAGGCCCCCCCUCCCCACGGCUGGCUGCCUCGCUGCAGGCCUACCUCACCUCCGUCAGGGACACCUGCCGAGCCACCUGGGCUCGGUUCAACCCGCUUAAGAUGGCAGCAGGUCUGGCCAUCCUGGCGUUUGCCUGCCUGUCGUGUUUCGUCCUGUCCGAGCUGUCCCUUGCCCUGAUCAGGGAGGACGGACCCGGACUGAGGGCCCCGGUCGUCACAGCGCUGAUGGCAGGGAUUUGCGCGGCCGCUGGUCAGCUGAGUGUGCGGGGCUACAUCGAGCUGGCGUGGUGCCUGGCCGCUGCCGCCUUCAGCUCGGAACUGCUCUUCCUCUGGAGGGCUCGCCGAUCCGGAAUCGUCCCUGUGGUAAAGAACGGAUCCAGAGCCGCGAGGUGGUAUGGCUGGCUGACCCCGCGGCGCCUCCUCGCCCCACCUCUCCUGGUGCCGCUCCUCCGCUGUGCCUCCCUGCUCUCAGACAGCUACGUGAUUGCAGAGGGCCGCGCUGUGACCUUUCUGGUGCUCUCCCUGGCUCUAUAUAUUCCCAUCCGUCUCAACUGGGACGGCCUGCUCCUGCCCCCCAGCCACGACCCCCUGAAGGCGGCGGGGAUCCUGCCCUCCCCAGCGCUGUCACCGUCGACUGUGAGGAAAGAAAGCGGCACCCUCCUAGCCUGCUUGGGGCUUCUCAUCGGCAGCCUCUACCUCUCCCUCUCCUUCCACGCCUGUCGGGAGGAGCAGGGCUCCUGCCAGCCGUCCCCGUUCCUCUCACCCCUGUCCCGGGUGCAGGACAGCCGGCUGAAGAACCUCCACUACGUCCUGUCCGUCUUCGCCCUGGGCCUGUGGACGUAUCUACUGCGACGCUGCCUCCGCCAUUACGGCAACCUCAACUCCACAAGUGGGACGGUGUUCACGGCCCGCUGGGUCCUCCUGCUGCUGUCGGUGUGCCUGGCGCUCUACUGGGCCGUUAGUGCCACGCCAGAGGACAGCUUCAGGAAUCUGGCUGAGCUGAUCGGCCUGGCCCAGCUGGCCCUCCCCAGGGUCGCCUUCUGCCUCCUGGGACUGGGGCUGUCUCUGAUCUGGCUCGACCCCCUCACCGUGUUCGCGAAGACCAGGGCGGCGGCCUCGGCGCGAAUUCCAUCUAUGCCCCCGCCACGCUACAGAGCCAGCACGGGCAUCAGCCCCCAAGCCGAGCUGCACCAUCUCAUCCCGCAGAUCUACCAGCGCAUGCGUCGCUCCCUGGAAGACGGAGAUACGAGCGGGGGUGUCGAGGCGGACGACGGGCCCGCCGUGGAGGCCUACGGACUGGGGACGGUCUACUCCGCCCCUCUGCUGCUGUUCUGUGGCCUGCUGGGGAUCGGCCUGCUGCUGCUGCACCCAGAGGCCAUGGCUCUGUCUUUCCUCCUGCUGCUGCUCGAGAUGGGGGCUCUGCUGCAUAUUCACGCCUCCUCCACCAACCUCAGUGGGCAGCAAGGAACGUGUUCCGGUGGCUUCAAUGUGCCCUGGACUCCAGUGGUGCUGUGGUCGCUGGCUGCCACCCAGUUCUUCCACGCCACGGGUCACCUCCCCACCUUCCCCUCCAUCCAGUGGGGCGCCGCCUUCGUGGGAUUCCCCGAUGGCCACACAGGCACAGUGCUGCCUGCCUCCCUGGUCACCCUCAACACUUUUGCCUCACACAUCUUGUUCUCAGUGGGUUGCCCGCUGCUGCUGUUCUGGCCCCUGGUGUGUGAGGUGCGUGGGAGCAGGGGAGGAAGAGCCUGCGGGGACGAGGGGGAGGACGCCGUGAUGGAGAUGAGGCUGAGAGAAAACCCCCAGCAGUUCAGCUCGGCCCUCCUACAGCUUUCAACGCGCUACCUCUUUAUUCUCGGAGCACAGGUCUUUGCUUCAGUCUGUGCUGCUGCUAUCCUCAGGAGACACCUAAUGGUGUGGAAGGUUUUUGCGCCCAAGUUAAUGUUUGAGACCUCGGGGUUCCUGGUGAGCAGCGUGUCUCUGCUGAUCGGGGUCUCGUUAGUGCUGAGAGUGGACGUGGCCGUGGCCCGCUGGUUUAAGAAACUCCUCCCCGAUGCAUCCAGGUAGCGACGGCGCUGCUGCUGCUUUACCAGCGAAAGUCCACCAGAGCUCACUGUGCCACAGAGAAAAACAGACACGGCGGUGGUGGUGUCACUGUAAUGUUUUACUUGGAUCCUUCACAACAAAAUAUAAAAAAAACAUUGCCAUCAUGUGUCUAGCGUAAGGAUCCCCACAAACGGGUGGCGUGAGGUUGCCACUUAUUGUAACUCCUUUGAGGGCUACGUUGUGCAUUACUGACCGGCUCCUCUUCAGCCAGAGGGACUUUGGGAACCUCACAUCUUGGACUGACUGCAUCCUGAGUCGCAUUGAAGAUGUUUUUUGUUUUUUUUACAAAGAUAAGACGAUAAGCUCGUAGACCACCUCACUCGGCUCAUGAGGUUGAAGGCUUUUAUUUGUACAAGGUCAUGUAUGGAACAGCAGUUUCUGAAUGUCUCUUCUAAACUCCUGUUUUCUUAACCCAUCAAAAGGGAUUCAUCCAGAGCGUGGAUGAAACCUUCUGAGGCCAGACAGACUUGCAAGUGGGUCACGGUGCAGCAGCCAAAAUAGCUUUACUAAAUACAAAAACAGAAAACAGUUUACUAGUUACAUAACUGUCACUGCUGGCUAGCAACAGCGUUUUAGAUACAAAUUGGCCUGUUGCAAGUUGAAUACUAUGAAGAGGGGGGGAAAUGAAAUUUAAAGGAAAUAAAUAACAUGACCACUUUCAACCACUGAAGCCGAUCUGCCACCCAGUCUGGAGCUGCUUAGUGAUCAAUUUGCAGGCAGAUCUGCUCCAUUUGGUGAAAUCCAUCGUCAUCAAGUGCAAGUUCUGGAAGAAUGUUUCCAUUCUUUCUCUUUUUUUUUUGUACUUUUUGUAUUUUCAAGAUGUUGAAAUAACCAGCAUGUCUGGUUACUGCCAGUUCACAUAGUAUUACUGUGAAUUUUUUUUUUUUUUACACAGUUUCAGUCCCUUAAUCUGUUCCUAACUUUAUUUAUAAUUCAGAUUCUUUUAAUCACUAAUGAUGCAUUUUUUUAAAAUCUCAAAUCAAAUGUUUGUAUUAAUAAGGCCUCGUUCAUCCUUUUCAGUGGAAUAGGUGCCUAGCUUUGACCAAUGCCUUUUUUGAUUUUCUUCUCAUGUAAUUAUGUCAUUACAUUAAAUCCAGGAUCUGCAAAAACGCCAACCGUUGAUUUACUUUUUGCUCGAGGUCUGAGUCAGCAUCUGUCGUUUGAUCUACUGUGUGUCCAGCUGCAGUCAGCAGCUAAAGCUCAUUAGCUAAUGCAUGAUAUCCAAUGAAUGUUGACUCAGGUUGAAUUGGCUACAAUGCAAUGGUACUGAUGGUUGUACUGGAGCGACUGGUCAUGUAGAGCGGCUGCUGUAGUGAUGGUUCAGCUAGGUUGAGUGAUGACGGGGUACUUUUUUUUUCUUUUUUUCUUUUUUCU